AUGGAGUAUUUUCUUCUCGUUCCUCUGCUUGUGAUCAUUUACUUUCUUCAUCAGUGGUUCUUUAGCCCUUCAAACACCAAAAAUAAGUUAUCACCACCAUCUCCAACAAAACUUCCAAUCAUAGGCAAUCUCCAUCAACUUGGAUCACUUCCUCAUCGUUCUCUCCAUAAACUAUCCAAAAAAUAUGGUCCAGUCAUGCUACUUCACUUUGGCAGUAAGCCAGUGCUUAUUGCUUCCUCUGUCGAUGCUGCUCGCGAUAUCAUGAAAACUCACGAUCUCGUUUGGUCAAAUAGACCUAAAUCUAGCAUGGCUGAUGGACUCUUUUAUGGCUCCAAAGACAUGGCCUUUAGUCCGUAUGGUGAAUACUGGAGACAAAUUAGAAGUGUCAUGGUGCUUCACCUUCUCAGCAACAAAAGAGUCCAAUCUUAUCGUUAUGUGAGAGAAGAAGAAACAUCAAACAUGAUUGAUAAAAUUAGGCAACAGUGUGAUUCAGUGAUAGACUUGAGAGAUGUUUUAAGUUGUAUGACUAAUAACAUAAUCAGCAGAGUGAACAUAGGAAGGACAUAUAAUGAAGGGGAAAGUGGAAUAGAUCUAAAGACUCUCCUAGAAGAAACUCUUAUGCUUGUAGGUACUUUUAACGUUGGGGAUUAUAUUCCGUGGCUUAAAUGGCUCAAUAAAAUUAAAGGUCUGGACACCAAAGUAAAGAAAGUAGCAAAAGAUUUGGAUGCAUAUCUAGAGAGCGUGAUUGAAGAACGUGUGAUUAGGAACAAGAAAGCAGAAUACAGUGCGGGUGAAGCUAAAGAUUUCGUGGACGUUUUGCUUGAAAUUCAGAAUGGAAAGGAGACUGGUUUUCCACUUCAAAGAGAUUCAUUGAAAGCUCUCCUUUUGGAUGCAUUUGUUGCCGGCACAGAUUCAACAUAUACAGUUUUGGAGUGGACAAUGACAGAGCUUUUGAGGCAUCCAAGAAUUAUGAAAAAAUUAGAGGAUGAAGUGCGAGAAUUAGGGCAAGGGAAAACAGAGAUAACAGAGGAUGACUUAGGAAAUAUGCAGUAUCUUAAAGCAGUGAUCAAAGAGUCCCUCAGGCUUCAUGCACCGGUUCCACUUCUAGUUGCUCGAGAAUCAAUGGAAGAAGUAAAAUUAUUUGACUAUAACAUACCUGCUAAAACUGUAGUCCUUAUUAAUGCUUGGGGAAUCGGCAGAGACCCAUUAUCGUGGGAUAAUCCGGAGGAGUACAAGCCAGAAAGGUUCUUGAAUAGUAAUAUUGAUGUGAAAGGAUUAAACUUUGAGUUAAUUCCGUUUGGAGCAGGGAGGAGGGGCUGCCCAGGAAUUCCUUUUGCUAUUAUGGUGAAUGAGCUAGCAUUAGCAAACCUCGUACACAAAUUCAGUUUUGCAUUACCAAAAGGGAUAAAAGGGGAGGAUUUGGAUAUGACUGAAUGUAAUGGGCUCGCUGUUCGUAGGAAAUCACCUUUGCUUGUGGUGGCUACUCCAUGGUCUAGUUAAUAUUUUCACAAUAUGAAAUAAAUAAGUGUACUAGUCUAUAAAGUUGUUGGGUAUUUUUUUUAUGUUCUUGUAUUCAAAAUUUCCUGUUUUAACAUGUUCUGUAGAUAAUACUAUUAGUUUGCCUGCCAAAAACAUCAAGCUAUUCUACAGACUACACGUAUAAGACCAAAAGAUGUGUUACUUGUUGACGUUUGAUA